AUGCUACUGGGGGCGGGGCCCAGAGGGGGAGGGAGAGGUAGGGGGGAGGGAAGAGGCCGCAGAAGCCGAAGCCCUGACCCACCGGGAGGCAGGGGCUGCGGCGGCGCCGACUGUCCGUCCUCCCAGUACCCAUCAACUCCUCCGCGAGGCACUCUGCGGCCGCGUGAAGCACAAGAUGGGCACUGGGCGGGUGUCACCUACGAGGAAGCACCUCUGAUUGCACUCAGCACCUUGCCGCUCCCAUAGCCACUUUUGCACCGGAGACCAGAGGAGCCCGUGUCCGGGCGACACGGGGACACCGAGCCCCCGCCAGCGCUGUUCGCCCUUUGCCCGCAGAGCCGGCGCCCCCCAUGCGCCAGGCAGCCGAUCGGUGGCGUCUGGGGGCGCCAUGGCCUCGGCGACCGCGGCGGCGGCGCCGGGCGAAGCGGAGGAGACCACCCGGCUCCGCAAGCCGCGCUUCUCCUUCGAGGAGAACCAGAUCUUGAUCCGGGAGGUGCGCGCCCACUACCCUCAACUCUACGGCGCGCAGAGCCGUCGGGUGAGCGUGGCCGAGCGGCGGCGAGUGUGGGACAGCAUCGCCACCAAGAUCAACGGCAUCACCAGCUGGAAGCGCACCGGCCAGGAGGUUCAGAAGCGUUGGAACGACUUCAAGCGCCGCACCAAGGAGAAGCUGGCCCGCGUGCCGCAUUCCACGCAGGGCGCGGGGCCCGCCGCCGAGGACGCCUUCUCCGCGGAGGAGGAGACUAUUUUCGCCAUCCUGGGGCCGGGUGUGGCGGGGCCCGGGGCUGGCGCUGGGGCUGAGGAGUCCCCGGCAGCCGCCUCUUCACAGCCGCAGGCUUCAACCGCUAGUACACAACGGUAUGUGUUGUCAGAGGACCGCAGGCAGGAUCGACGGGCAGAUACACCAGCCCAGAGCAAGGGAGGCUCCAGCAGCCCAGAGUCCUGGGCCCGGCCCUCUUGCAACCCCCAGGAAGCCAAGGAGCGUGAGUCCCCGUCCCCUGCAGCCAUGCAGCCUGUCCAGCUGCCCCGCCUGGCCUUGUCUCCACCCCUCCCUGCCCCUCCACCGCCACCCACGGCGCUGGCCCAAGUGGCACCCUCAUCUCCUAGCCCAACUCCUCCUCGGCCCACCUCAGCCCCAGAACAGUCCCUGGACUUCCUGCGGGCUCAGCAGGAGACUGCCAAUGCCAUCAGGGAGCUGGCUGGCACCCUCCGGCAGGGACUGGCCAAACUGAGCGAGGCCCUCAGCGCCCUGUUACCCCUUCUGCCGGGAACCCCAGCUGACCCGCAGCCCCCGCCCCCGCCGCCACCUCCGCCGCCACCUCCCAAGCCAGUCCUCCCACCACCUGCCCCCAAGGUGGAGCUGGCCCCAGAGCCUGUGUCUGUGGUAGCUGCUGUUGUGGAUGGGGCUGUAGUGGCAGCUAGGGGAGUGAUCAUCUCCCCUAGGAGCGAGGAAGGGGUGCCCAAACCACCCCCAGUCGCACCACUUCCCCUCCACGACUCACCCCCUCACAAAAGGAGGAAAGGCUUCCCUACGCGAAAGAGGCGGGGCCGCUGGAAGUCUCCGUGAAAUCUAACCCUGUCCACGCUCCUGCCUGCAACCCUCUCCCUGCUUGGCACAGUCGAGGAGGAAGAUGCUCUUUGCCUAUCCCAGCUGCACCCUGGCUUCCUGCUCAAGGGAAGUGAGCACCCCACUUCCUGUGCUAGUUAGUGCCUGAUUCUCUGGGUGAGUCCCCGGGCGGACUCCCUCAGCCCCUUUCUCUGGUACAGUGGUGUCCGCCCGACUGCCUCCUGUAACCCCAUCUUCUAAGCCAUCAAUUUUAUGUUACUAUAUUGCCCUUUGUGGGGUGGGAGAGGGAUCUCCUGGCUCUGCGACUUGCCCCUUUGCCGAAUAGUUACUGUUCUUGACUUGAAGAGAAGCAACGUGUGGGGACCUCCCCACUGCCCCAGCCCAGACUUCUUCGGAAGGGUUGGAAGUUGCUAGACAAAUCAGAAUGUAGAAGGUGGAGGAUUCUGAGGAGGAGGCAGCAGAAUUCUGACUGGGGAGGUAUAGGUUGGGUCCUCUGCCUCCCACGGCUGCAAGGUGUGUCUGACCUCUGGAGCUCAGCCCCUCCCCCCUUUCUCUUCAGUGCUGACAAGAUGUCAAUAAACUUAUUUUCAUACAAUUAA